GAGACAGAGACUUAUGGGUGCUGAGAUUUCAAGUUAGUCAGUCAGAGCGCUGUCGUUGUCAUUCCACGCCCACAGAUAUGAAAGCGGUUAUCGUGACAGCAGUGGUGAUGUGGUCCUAACGUGCUUCUCAGCUGCGAAGAUGACAGAUGUUGCUCACACUUCGCGGUUUCAACAUAGCGUUUCGACAGCGGACGGAAGCUCCUCCGUGCUCUCGUGUGAAGUUUUCUUUGCUGCCAGAGGACAAAAUGGGAAACAACCACCUGUUCUCUGCCGGGACGGCGGUUAUCUGGGCGCUACUCUUCAGUCCGGCGGCUCUCUGUCACGAGAAGACCCACUCACAUGCUGAAGACGAGCUUUUCAAGACGCUGUUUGCAGGGUACAACAAGUGGUCGAGGCCUGUGCCAAACAUUUCCGAUGUGGUCAUCGUCAAGUUUGGACUCUCCAUAGCGCAGCUUAUAGAUGUGGAUGAAAAGAACCAAAUGAUGACAACCAACGUGUGGCUUAAACAGGAGUGGAAUGACUACAAGCUUCGCUGGAGACCGUCUGACUAUGACAACGUGACAUCCAUAAGAGUGCCGUCACAGCUCAUAUGGGUACCAGACAUCGUCCUCUACAACAAUGCUGACGGUGAAUUUGCUGUGACUCACAUGACAAAGGCUCAUCUAUUCUACACGGGCAAAAUUCGCUGGGUGCCUCCUGCCAUUUACAAGAGCUCUUGCAGCAUUGACGUCACCUUCUUCCCCUUCGAUCAACAAAACUGUAAAAUGAAAUUUGGCUCCUGGACUUAUGACAAGGCCAAAAUUGACUUGGAGCGUAUUGAAAAUACUGUGGACCUGAGCAACUACUGGGAGAGUGGUGAAUGGGCCAUCAUCAAUGCAGUGGGAACGUAUAAUACAAAGAAAUAUGACUGCUGCCACGAGAUUUACCCAGACAUCACCUACUUCUUCAUCAUCCGACGGCUUCCCCUAUUUUACACAAUCAACCUUAUCAUCCCCUGUUUGCUGAUCUCAUGCCUCACUGUUUUGGUUUUCUAUCUCCCCUCAGACUGUGGUGAGAAGAUCACUUUGUGUAUCUCCGUGUUGCUGUCCCUCACCGUCUUCCUGCUACUCAUCACAGAGAUCAUACCGUCCACAUCCCUUGUUAUCCCUCUCAUCGGCGAGUACCUCCUCUUUACCAUGAUUUUUGUCACCCUGUCCAUUGUUAUCACUGUCUUUGUUCUCAACGUGCACCACCGCUCUCCCAGCACUCACAAGAUGCCCCACUGGGUCCACUCUGUGUUCUUGGACUUGAUUCCACGUUGGCUGUUCAUGAGACGGCCUGCACCAGAUGGCCGUCGUCGCAGGCUACUGCUCCUUCAGCAUGAAGCGGCGGCGGAGCGCCGCCAGCUCCGAAUAGCUGGAUACAAAUCGGGCAACUGCCUCAGCACCUCGGCUACCUGGUUAAGAGAUGGGACCACAUUGGAAGACCCAGAGAGAAGCUGUUAUGAAGACUUGGAGCUGGGAACACUGACAUCCUAUUUCUCCUUCCGUCCUCCCUCACCCAGACCUCCAGGGACAACUCCUCCACCACAACAAAAAAACCCACAGAACAGCCAGAGCCGACAAGAGGUGGUGGCAGGGGGGAACAGGCAGUUAACUGGAACCAGAGGUAAUUCCACUCCUCGGCCAGCUAAAGUUGACAAUAAAGUCUCACAGUCAGCUUUCCUGCUUUCACCAAGUGUCAUGCGUGCAUUACAAGGGGUGCACUACAUUGCAGACCACCUGAGGGCUGAGGACGCUGACUUCAGUGUGAAAGAGGACUGGAAGUAUGUCGCCAUGGUGAUUGACCGAAUCUUCCUGUGGAUGUUCAUUAUUGUCUGCCUGCUUGGGACAAUUGGCCUCUUCUUGCCCCCGUGGCUAGCUGGCAUGAUUUAAUGCUUGUGGGAAAGUGUUGAAUUCAUAGCCACCUCCAACUGAAUGAUACUUUAAAGUGUAGCUGUACUCUGCUUCAAAUCUGGUAAUAUGACUCAACUUUGUGUAACCCAGUACAACCCAGGUGUCCUCAAAAGGCUGUUGUGCUCCUUACACAUAACCAAAUUGAACUAUUUUCAGAUCCUUGUCCCUAGUUGGGUAAAAAUCAAGAGUUUGUUGUUGCUAUGAUGGCAGUUUUAAAGAUAAAUCAGACUCAGCUUGCCACUCUCAGCUGUCCAUACUUGGUUCAUGUUUCAUCUCAGAUGCACUUUGUCAGCCUCAGGUUUAAUCCCUCAGCACCAUCUGUAAUGAUACUCGGGUUAAGUUUGACCUGAAUGCUAACAUUUGCAUGUUAACGUUCACUUAAGUUAACACAGAUGUUAGCAACUGUGCUAAUGCUGGUAUUUGAACAUGCAAAUGUUAAUCACUUUUUAGCAUGUUAGCAUAACAUGCAGGUUAAAUAAGUAGUGCCAACAGCGGUGUUAGCUAAGGUAUCACAGUGAUUUGAGCACUUUUUUCUGUAGUUUCAGGGAUUCCAACUUAAAACUCAAUAACUUAAUAACACUGCAUUCACUGAUAGCAGAGGGAUCAGUGAAAGCUGUUUGACACAUCGUGAUCUUAGCAGAAGUCAGACCUCAGUUUAUCAUCCAGAUGUUGGCUUGUUAUGAAAGGUUCAAAGAUGGAGAUUGAAGGAAACAAGCUUAUUUUAAAUUUGUCUUAUUUGCAUGAUUCUUAGUAGUCUGUCUGUCUGUCUGACUGACCACUGGUAUGUCCAGAAAAUGCAUCAGCAAACAUAAACAAACCAAGAGCAUGGACUGCUAAACCACAUGUGCAAAUUCACCUUCCUGACUUUAACCCCACUGGGGGAUGUCACCCAUAAAGUAACUACUGGAUUCUAUUCUACAUUUUGAUUGUUAAUUGAUAUUUUAAUAAUAUUUAUCAUGAAUAUUGUCCCUUGGAUUCUAACUAAAGUUUUCUUUGACCAUGUGUUCUGGAGGAUGGUAAAUAAUUCUUAUCUUAUUAUCCAUAUCUGAGACAUGGAUCUAUCCUCUUCAUUGCAUCCCUGGUCUGAGGUUACUGGGACUAAAUGGACUGGCUGCCAGAAAGGUGGUCUUGAAGAUUAGAUAAAAAAUUAAAUAUAAUAAUUUUCCAUGUAAUGUGCCAGCACUGGUCAGUGGUAUUGCUCUAAGAUUACUUUUAACAUGAAUUCAUUUGGUACUUUUAGAGGUUUCCAGUGAUGAGUUGAAAUAAUUUACAAGUGAAGAUUUCAGUCUGUGGUGCAAGAUUAAUUAGGAUGCAGGAGCCAACGGAUGCAUGGAUAUUUAUGGCAGUCUGUUCAAGCUGCCAUAAUACUGGUAUGCCAGCAAAAAUUUAAAAACAAAUUGGCUAAAAAUAAAUAUGUAAACAUUGCAGUAUGGUUCGCAUUUUUUUUUAUCAGACUGAAAAUUG